CCAGCGAGGGCGGAGGGGAGGGGCUGGCCGGUUCGCGGCCCGGGACCAGGCCCGCCUCCUGCACGGCCGCCGCCGCGACCGACUUUUCCUCAGUUGUGGCCGCGGGGAGAUGAAGGGCGGCUCCUGGCCUCGGGACAGGGAGACGGGCUCCGCGCCGGCCAGCUAGAGAGGGUCUGCGGAAGGCCGCCUGCAGCCGGGCGGGCGCGAGGGGAAGCGGCGGCUCGCGGGAGGCCCCGCCGGGCACGCGGCCGCCAUGUUCCCGCGGAGGCCGCCCGCCGCGGUGGCGGCCUGGCUGGCGGGGCGCGCGGGCGCGCGGGGCGGCGGCCUGCUGGCGCUGCUGGCCAAUCAGUGCCGCUUCGUGACGGGCCUGCGCGUGCGGCGCGCCCAGCAGAUCGGGCAGCUCUACGGCCGCCUCUACUCCGACAGCUCCCGCCGCGUCCUGCUCGGCCGGCUGUGGCGCAGGCUGCGCGGCUGCCCGGGCCAUGCCUCGGCCUUGAUGGCGGCCCUGGCCGGCGUCUUCGCGUGGGACGAGGAGCGGAUCCAGGAGGAGGAGCUGCAGAGAUCCAUUGAUGAGAUGAAACGGUUGGAGGAAAUGUCACGCAUGUUUCAGAGCUCCGGAGUUGAGUGCCAUCCCGCAGAAACAAAAUCCCAAACAGAAGGGAAUGAAAAUCCGGACAGCCAAGAGCAGCCAUGGGAAAUGGUGAUGGAUAAGAAACAUUUUAAGCUGUGGCGGCGCCCAAUUACAGGCACCCACCUUUACCAGUAUCGAGUUUUUGGAACCUACACGGAUGUGACACCCCGGCAGUUCUUCAAUGUUCAGCUGGACACAGAGUAUAGAAAAAAGUGGGACGCCCUGGUAAUCAAGCUGGAGGUGGUGGAGAGAGAUGCGGUUAGUGGGUCUGAGGUUCUCCACUGGGUGACCCACUUUCCUUAUCCGAUGUACUCACGGGAUUAUGUUUACGUUCGGCGGUACAGUGUGGACCAGGAAAACAACGUGAUGGUGUUGGUGUCCCGAGCCGUGGAGCACCCCAGUGUGCCCGAGUCUCCAGAAUUCGUCAGGGUCAGAUCAUAUGAAUCCCAAAUGGUUAUCCGUCCCCACAAGUCAUUUGAUGAGAACGGCUUCGACUACUUGUUGACCUACAGUGACAAUCCGCAGACUGUGUUUCCUCGCUACUGCGUUAGCUGGAUGGUCUCCAGUGGCAUGCCUGAUUUCCUGGAGAAGCUGCACACGGCCACUCUGAAAGCCAAGAAUAUGGAAAUCAAAGUAAAGGACUACAUCUCGGCUAAGCCUCUGGAAAUGGGUGGUGAAGCCAAGUCCACUGCCCAGCCCUCUGAGAGGAAGAGUGAGGGCAGUCGGGGCCCUGCCCGCAUCGAGUAUGCCUGAGAGCUUCGGGAGAAGGCGGCAUGGGCUGCUUCUACCCCGUCUCAGUCCCGUAUCACUUUGCUACGGAACGGGGACAAGGCCGUGAAUUAGACGGUAUCUGCUGUGACCACCAGAGCAAGAUAAUUUAGAGACUGGUGUCUGACUUCAUUCAGAGCCCUACUGCUCUUGAUCAAAACAUGGAGAAGAAGAAGGCAUGCAGGGGACAUCGUCAUAGUCUCAGGCCAGGCAUUUUGAAAUUCAGUAUUUCACUGAGCUAAUCCAGAACAAACUUCUCACCUGAAGCCAGAAGGGGACAACUUCCAUUUGCUUCCUCUGAGUAGUUUCCUCUGCCAACAUUCCAAUUCCCACUCGGUUCUGCCAUGCUUUGGAUUUCCUUCAGUUCUGAAUGUGCAACUGGAAAGCGUUGGCUGGUUGAGUCUUCAAGGACAGGUUUUGGGGUGUUUUCCUGGUAACAGGCUGUGGGUGUGGUGGAUGUAAAGGGUCACUGUGCAGUGUAAGUGCCUUGUCCUUCCCUCGUUUCAGUCUCUAGGGACAUAACAUUUGUACAGGAAAUACCCCUCCUCACUUCUCAGAUGUCACUACCACCCACUGACACCCUAACCCGUGGAGGUGUCCUCUGCACCCGGCCGGCUGUUUUAUAUGCACACACCGUAUUCAGGUGGUGCGUUGCCUCCUUCCUGUCUUUGCCCCACUUAGCAAGAGCACUGGAAGCAAAUCCUCUCAGGCAUUUCUGUGUUUUCAGUGGUUAGAAGGAUCAGUGGAGAUGCUGAAAACAGCACAUUUAUAUUUAGUGUUGUGUUUUUAAUCUUUGUAUCAAAAAGAAGGAAUUAGGGAGUUGGAUGGGAUUUCUUUGAUUCCAGUGUUACUUUUCACACUUCAGGUUUGCCUCGAUGCUGAGGACUCGUCCUCUCAGAGGCUGGAGGCAGAGGAGUGGGCGCACGCCUCCCUCCAAGCCCCCAGAGCCAUAGGUCGAUGGGGAGAGGGUAGAUGUGAUCUUGCCCCAAUACUAACACGAUGGGGAUGUGAUUUAUGACCCUCUUGCUUCUCUGAAAAGGUUUUCCUCCUCCCUUCACAGCUGAAAAUAAAAAUAAGCUGUGCUGUUCCUAAGAGGUCAUAGUCAGAUGGUGUCAGCUUGGCUUAGCUGGUUUUCCUUCAGGUCAUGCCACAGUCUGUUGAGAAUAGGGAUCAGUUUUAAAUCUGCUUCCCUUCCUUUUUUUCCUAGAAUUUAAAAGGCAGGAUUUUCCUUUUGUCCCUGCUUGCUAUCCUUUUGUGGCCCUGAAAAAGGGACUUAAACUUGAAACUAACUUAAACCUCUCUUUGACCUUCUUAUUGCCUGUUAAAUUUUGUGCCAAGGAAGUGACUGCCCCAGUGCUUCAAUCUGUUGCCCUCUCUGAGUCGUUGGCAGAGCAGAGAGAUGUACUGAGAGGCCCGUCUUCUUUUCCAUGGUCAUUUCUCUCUUCUGAUCCCCAGGUCCUUACAGAACACUCCUGGGUCAUGUCCAAAUUGGGCACCCACGGUUGUUGGCACGUGGGUGGGUGUGCACGAGGGGGUGUGUGUGGCAGGUACUGAGGAGUCGGGUGUGGCUCCGUGUUCUGAUUCGCGGCGGUUUGACUCUACUUACGGUCCGUCUGUAUAGUCAUGUGUCGUCAUAAUCUCACUCCUAACUGUGACAUUUUUAUCAAACGUGUGAAUAAAUACGUAAAGAUUA